AUUUUGUUCAUGAAUUUGGAACUUGGAUACUGAUACGGAGUAGUAGUGGUGGGCGCCGUAAGCGGGAAGUUUUGGGACGGUUGCGAACUUGUACUCCCCCCGCCCCGACUUUCUUUCUAGAUUUUCAGGUGGCUGUCAGCACGAUACGCAUCUCCUCUAAGUGGGGGGCCGCAUUCAAUUAUCUCAGCCGUUUAUCCCCAGUGUCCAUUUGAUGCAUCGGAAUGGUUUUGUCGCUUGACAGUCUUCCUCAAGAAAUACUGCACAACAUCCUAUGCUACUGCAGCCCUUGCUCUUGCGCUGCCUUGGAACAGACUGCCCGCCGGUUCAAAUGCAUUGCCAAUGAGCCUGUGCUGUGGAGAUUAUACUGCAGGUCUCAAUUCAAAUUCUGGGAUGCGCGGCAUGAUCUUGCACGGAGGCUUACGGGUCCUUUGUCCGCAGUUAACUGGAAGGCUCUUUAUAUCUCAAGGCAUUUAGCCGACCGUUCUACCUGCCAAAUUUUGGAUAGUAUCCUGGUUACGCAGACCGGAAGAAUCGAAAAAUUCCGUUCAAUUCUCGAUUAUGGUUGCGAUGCCAAGGAUGCUCUCUUGCGAAACGUCUCGCCACCAGUGAGCGGAUGCGACCAUUUAGCAAGGAGAUACUAUUCCAAAGCGCUUCUAGCUGGCCUCCAUCGGAGCAUUGCGGUACUGGAAUGGACAAGACUUGGCAACAAUGAGACCGUUCCUCUCGAGCGAGCACUGGGCGCCUUCGACCUUUUCAUACCAGAAAGCGGCUAUGGAAGUGUGGAUGAGAUUAAGCACAAGCUAGACGGAAUAUCUGCUGUGGUUUUUGUACAAUACCCUGACAUUGACCAAUUCACGCCGCGUGAUAAGGCUAGAGCCAUUGCAUCGUAUUUGAGGGGAAAUAACUUAACAGGCAUUGAGCCAGGGCGGGAGUACCAUUGUCUGGAGCACAAUUUUUUGGGGGUUGCACUCAAAGAACCUGGGCAUAAUUCACUACCGCUGAUAUCAGCAACCAUAUAUUCUUAUGUUGCUCAGAGACUCGGUCUGCGUGCGCAGCCUUGUGGGUUUCCUUUCCACGUGCAUGUUAUCGUUAAACCUCCGCAUGGUGUCGAUAUGGACGGCAAUACACUCGAGGGGACCGAAGGCGACCCGAUCUACAUGGAUCCAUUUCGUUCGGACAGGGAGACACCAGUUGCAGACCUUCAGAGUCAGUUGAACUUCUUGGGCGCCUCGGCCGUUGAGCGAGCCACUCUCCUGGGUGAGUCGUUGACAUCGGAUAUCGUUUUACGAUGCAGCAAGAAUAUAUUGAACUCAGUCCAGCGCAUGUCUCAUCGCCCUGGGGUCCUAAAUUCGGUUGAUGUCACCAGCGCCACUUACGCUGCUCUUUGGUCGGCAAUGCUGCUUUCUCGCUCUUCCCAACAGGCGGAGUUUAGGCAUUAUCUGCCUUGGUUGAUGGAAUUGUUUGCCACGGAAUUCCCUUUCGACACGUUUCUCGUUGAGCGAUAUAUUGCCCCGCUCUUCCAUGGGAUGGUUGAGCAUGAGCACAUUUUGGAAAAUUUACAUGUCAUGCGAGCUGUAGAUGAAUUACCGAGACAGACAAAGAGACGUACUUCUUAUGUCUCUAAUAUAAAAUAUCGGAUUGGUCAUGUACUUCGGCAUCGACGCUAUGAAUACAGGGCUGUUAUCAUGGGGUGGGACGUUGAAUUUGACACUAGUGAACACUGGGUUGAUCGCUUGCAGGGUGGGAGGCAUCAGAGUUUCUAUCAUGUCCUUGUUGAAGACGGUACUAUUCGGUAUGUGGCGGAAGAAAAUGUUGCUAUCAUAUUUCCCCAUGCAUCAGAUCUGCCAGAGUCGCUUUUAAUGGUAGCAGGGAAGUAUUUUAAACGAUGGGAUGAGGAUAGUCGGACAUUUGUGAGUAACAUUAGAGAUGAGUAUCCCGAUGAUUGAUGUUGAGGGGACAGGCUCUAGCAGUGACUUAGUAUAUUAUUCCAGUCAUAAUAUAUGAAUAUUUUAUACAACUACGCCCUUACCUGCUCAUGAC